CCGCGCUGCCCGGGGCUCCUGCGCGUGUCCGGCUCGCGCGCGCGGGGGCGGUUUUCCCGCGGCGGGGGUGGCGGCGCGCGCUGCUGGCGCGGGAGCGAGGCGCGGCGGGCUCGGAGCGCCAGCGGGGCCCGCCGGCCGCGGGGUCUCUGGCAGCGGCGGCCGCGGAGCGGGCUGAAGCGAAGGGGGCAGCCGCCUCCCGCCCCCCACUGUGGCGGCUGCCCGCCUGCGCCGAGUAAGCCUCGCAGGGGCCGGCAGGCGCCGUGCCCAGCCGCUCCACAGCCCUCCCUUCACCGGGGUUCCGGGGCGAGAGCCGGCGGCCUGGUACUGACGGCGGGGAGCCUGGCGGCAGCGGUGCCUUCAGGUGAUGGCCUGUGCCAGGCCUGCCCUGGUCUGCCUGACUCCUCCCCCGGUGCUGCCUUCGGGCCGAGCCCUACCUGUGCCCCCGCUGUGGCCCACCGGCACUGGUAACCGUGCGCGGCGGUGGCCGUGCUGAGCGGGUUGCCUGAAGGGUUGCUGCAGAAAGGGGGUUUUAGGAGUAGUGUAGGGGAGCCACAGCAACCUUCCUUCCUUGCACCAGAAAAUUGAUACCCCUGUCAACAGGAAGGAGAACCUUAUUUCUGCUGUAUUCUAGUACCAUUUGAAGGAUGGAUGACGAUGACUUUGGAGGAUUUGAGGCAGCAGAGAGUUAUGAGUUUGGAGAUGGUGAAAAGCAGACUAUAUCCCCUGCUAUUGCUUGGGCAGCAUUUCCUACAGUAUCUGAAGUCCAUAUAUCCCCUGAUGUUCUUCUGGAGCACUCUGUGCCUUCUUCCUGCCUGGUUCCUUCUGACUCAUUCAGUUUAUCAAGUGAUAAUGUGACAACAGCUAUUCAAACAGCCAACAAUGUUACAGACCCAACUGUUCUUGAAGAACAGACUCAAGCAGAUAUUCCAGUUGCCUCUUUGAAUGUAAUUGAAGACAAGACUUUAGUUACAUCAACUGUUGCUUUGGUUGAUGCUGAGACACAGGGAACAAAUGAACCUAAGAGCUACCUUCAACAAGCUGUUGCAAACCUAGAAAUCAAGCUUUGCACUGCUGAAGAAGAAAAAUUAAAAAUUAAAAAGGAAUUAGAACAUUUACUGGAAAAGCACAGUAUUCUAGAAAUGGAUUUCUUGAAGGAAAAAAAAGAAAAAGUAAUUUCACAUCAAGAUCAUUACAAGAUGCUCCAGGACAAGCAUAAGCAGGAGUUAGAAGACAUGAGGAAAGCUGGACAUGAAGCCUUGAGUAUUAUUGUUGAAGAAUUCAAGGCACUGCUACAAUCUACAGUUCAACAGCAAGAAGCAGCUAUUGAAAAACAGUAUAUACUAGCAAUUGAAAAACAUUCUCACAAAUGUGAAGAACUUCUUAAUGUUCAGCAUCAGCGACUUCUUGACAUUUUGGAAGCAGAGAAGGAAGUGCUAUCAGAAAAGAUAGAAGAAGCUUUGAUGCAGCAGUCACAAAAACACAAGGAAGUGCUUGACAAAUGUUUGGAUGAAGAAAGACAAAGAAGUAAGGAGGCCGUGGCAGCUGCUGCAAAGGCUGAAAAAGAAGUAGUGCGGGAGGCUGUUCUGAAAGCAGUAGAGGAGGAGAGGAGAAAUAUGGAGAAGAUUCAUGCAGAAGAAAGAAAAAUGUGGGAAGCAGAACGUGACAGACAUAAAGAGAAAAUUGCUCAGGCUGUUUGCGAAGCCAUGCAAGAGCAAAGAAAACACAAUCAGGAAAUUGUCAAGGAAGCAUUAAUGGAGGAGCAAAAAAGAAGUGAAAAGGCAAUUGAAGAAGCAGUGAAAAAGACAAGAGAGGAACUGAUGGAAUAUAUUAAAGAGCAGAAAAGGCUUGAUCAAGUUGUCCGUCAGAGAAGUCUGCAUAGUUUGGAACUUUUCCUCUCAUGUGCACAGAAACAGUUAAGCAUUUUAUUAAAGGAUGAUCCAGCCACUACAGAGGAAAACAGAGACUGACAUUCUCAGUACUGCUGAUAAAGUCUGAUUUGUGAAGCUGCAAAUGAUGAAUAUUUUCUAAUAUUUUUGAGAUUGUAUCAUUGAUUCAAGAUUGAUCUGAAACAACACUUCAUAGAAGUAUUUGUGGAUUAUGUUCUUUUAUUUAUUUAUUUUACUACUACCAUCAGAUUGGAAAUAUGGGAGAGAAAAAAUUCCUGGAAAAUUUUUGUUUUAUUUGUGAUAUGCUUUCAUUACAUUUUCUUCUAGCCCAUGAUUGAAGUUCUGGGUAACUGCAGCAAUGAUGAAAACAUUUCCGCUGUUAUGUCUGUUUUACAUUUGGCAUUGUGUGUUGGUGUAAUCUAUCAGUAUUUCUGAUAUAUUAAAAAAUGGAGAAAAAUAUUUAAUUGAAUAUAGAAACAAAUCCAUCUCUGUUUCCAAAGUAUAUGCCCAAGUGCAUUGCCUCAGGUAAGCCUGAGGAUCUUAUUAUUUCUUGGUACUUUUGAUGUGUAACAGAAGAAUCAGUACAUAAACAUUAGAACGUUGACAGGCAUUUCUUUAGUCACUUAUAAAGAACUCCAGCUCUAGUAAUAUAAAAGUUUAAAAACUAAACCGUGCAUCUUUUAAGAGUAGGGCAAAACAUUGCCAUAACCAAUGUAUAGUAUGUAUUUUAUUUCUGUUUUACAAGGCUAGUUUGAUUCCAAAAGUUGUUUUCUCAUGAAAGUACGAUUAAUGUGACUGACCUCAGUUUCAGGAAGAUGUAUGUAAUUAUGUGGAGAUUGAUACUGCACUGCCUCAGUGGAAUUUCUGACAGAAUGAGGAGUGCAGCUUGGUGAUGUUGGGUGCCCUUUCUAAACCCAUUGAAGGAAGUAGGAAAAAUCCCCACUGGCACUAUUGGGCUUUGGAUCAAGUCAUAGGUCUUUCUAGUCCUGCUAAUGUGAGCAUGGAGGGGAAUUUCUGUGCCUACACUCUUUUGAUUGUAGAUUUGGGGCCUUAGUUGUAAAAAACUUCUGAAUGAAAUAAGAUAAAAUUAAAUGUUCAUGCUUAGGGAUGUAAAUAAACUGAGAAUGAUAUCUCUUA